UUAUAAUAAUUUUAAUAAGUUGAAGUUUUGUUUAUUUUUUUGUUUUUUAACCUUACCAAUAGCCAUGACGAAUACUGAUGGAGCGGACAAGGAUGUAGACAAUGUCAUACGCAUUAUGGUGUCUACGGACAAUCAUUUGGGCUAUUUGGGAAGCGAUAGCAUCCGUGGCGAGGAUAGUUUUGUGGCUUUUGAAGAAAUGUUGCAGCUAGCCGUCUCUGAGGAUGUCGACAUGAUUUUAUUGGGCGGCGAUCUAUUCCACGAUGCAGUGCCUAAUCAGUAUACGUUGCACAAAUGUCUGGAACUCUUAAGGCGCUACACAUUUGGUGAUAAACCGGUGUCUCUGGAGAUAUUAAGUGAUCAAUCUCGAUGCUUUUAUAAUGCUGUCAAUGAGUCGGUUAACUAUGAGGAUCCGAAUUUAAAUAUAUCCCUACCUGUCUUCUCAAUUCAUGGUAAUCAUGAUGAUCCCAGUGGUUUUGGUCGGCUUAGUAGCUUGGAUUUGCUUAGCACCGCGGGAUGUGUAAAUUAUUAUGGACGCUGGACCGAUUUAACCAAGCUGGAAAUUAGUCCUGUUCUCCUGCGUAAAGGUGAAAGUCAUUUGGCUUUAUAUGGGCUAAGUCACAUUCCGGAUCAACGGUUGAGUCGUCUUUUUGAGGAGUUCAAAGUAACAAUGCAAUAUCAUACAGAAAAGUCAACAGAUCAGUCGGCAGAAGAUGAAGAGUCCAACUGGUUUCAUUUGAUGGUUGUGCAUCAAAAUCGUGCCGAUCGUGGACGUAAAAGGUAUUUGCCGGAGGAACUUUUGCCAUCCUUCUUGAAUCUCGUAAUUUGGGGACACGAACACGACUGCCGCAUUGAGCCGGAAUUAAAUGUUAAACGAGAUUUUUAUGUCACCCAACCGGGCUCUUCAGUGCCCACUUCGCUGGCCGAGGGUGAGUCCAUAAAGAAACAUGUUGGCCUGUUGGAAAUUUAUAAAAAUAAGUUCCAACUUAAGCCUUUGCCUCUAAAGACAGUUCGUCCGUUUAUCUUUGAAUCGAUCAACUUGAACGACAUGGCCACGGAACUUGGUCUGGAUGAGGGUGAUGCAAAAACUAAAGUGAAAAAGUUCGCUCGCGAAAAAAUCGAGGAAAUGAUUGAACGAUCGAAGGACCGGCUUACAGGCCACCCAAAACAGCCUGAAAUUCCACUUAUACGGCUACGACUACUGUAUUCGGAUGAAAGCUACAUGUUCAAUACCAUACGAUUUGGUCAGGAAUACAGUUCACGCGUGGCGAAUCCGGCAGAUAUCAUUUAUUUCAAGAAACUGAACAAACAUAGCAAAGCGGCAACAAUCAACCUCGACAAAGAGGCUAUGAAGAAGGCCUUGGAAAUGGAGAACACGACAAGAGUCGAGGAACUAGUGGAUCGUUAUUUCGAUGAAGCACAAGGACAGAGACCCUUGAAAUUGCUGCACUCCAAGGCUUUGGCGGAGAUAACGUUUCGUUUGGUGGAGCGACAUGAUGCCAAUGCAGCAGAUAACAUCGUCAAAUUCUAUCGCGAUAAGGCUGUGGAUCAUCUCAUGGAUGCUUUACCGGAUGACGAGAACAUUGAUAUUGAAUUGGAAAAUUUCAGGCAUCAACAUAACCACGAAGACCUUCUCAAGAUGCUAGACGCACGCGGCGUCAAAAAGGAAACGAUUGUUCCUAAAAAUGAAGCAAACAAAACUGCAGCAUCAGUAGCCAACACCUCAACUAGAACGGCUGCUACUGCUCCUGCUCGUGGACGUGGGACACGCGGCCGUACAGCAGCCGUGGUUAAGCCACAGCUGGAUGUGUCCAUAGAAACAUCCGCAACUCGAUCCUCGGGCAGAAAGCAGACACUUCUCAGUGCUGUUGGGCGCAACAGUCGAUCCAAAGUGGCCAGCUAUGUGAUAUCUGAUGAUUCCGAUUAAGUGAUAUUCCAAUUGUAUAUACCUUUAUUAAAAACUGAAUUUCUUUUUUACUUUUUAUAUAUUGCCAAAA